UGUACCAUGCACAAUUAUUUUCGGAUCGUCUUUUGUUUAUCGAUCUGCUGUUGCGUUAGCGCAACUACGAACAGAUCGAAAUAUAUUAUAGACAACGAUGCGGGCGGUGACGAUGCCAUGGCGAUAUUCAUUGCAAUCCUGAGUGAGAAGUAUUUCGAUGGUCCAGAACUGAUCGCUCUGACAACGGGCCACGGGAACACAGACGAGGAGCAAGUUACAAUUAAUAAUCAGCAGAUACUCAAAUUAGCUGGAAGACAAGAUAUACCGAUCUACCGUGGCUCUUCGGAGGCUUUGGUCAGUCCCGUUGAAAAUGUCUGGUACUACGGCCUAGAUGGAUUAGGGGAUAACAACGAUAGUUAUACGGAUCUAUUCCCGCCUGCGGAAGAAAGCGCUGCGUUUGCUCUUAUUGAAAAUUCUAAGAAAUACGAAGGAUCCCUUUCCGUUGUAACCAUUGGAACAUUGACGAACAUUGCCGUGGCAAUGAAGUACGACCCGAAAUUUUUGGACCGCCUUUCGCAUUUGUAUAUAGGAGCGGGACAUUUGUAUAGCAAAGAAGACCCAAAGCCCGAAUUCAACGCCUUGAUGGACGUAGAGGCCUAUCAUGUGGUGAUGCAGAAGGCUGACCCAGAAAAAGUGACAAUUUUACCAUUUUCACAAGCAAGGCUCUAUUGCAACUUCAGUGCGAGUUGGAGAAGCAAUGUUUUGGGUGCUAUUGACACUAAAAUAAUUAAAGCUCAGAAUAAGCACGAAAGAAUCUCCCUGACUAAGAACGUGAGAUGGCAGUCACUGGACCCAGCGGUGAUAUCAACAUUCCUUAAUCCGAAUCUAGUCAAAGAAUAUAAAUACGCCAAGAACGAUAUUAUUAUGUGCGGUAAAAACAGGGGUAUCAACACAAACGAAUUCGUACCGAAAGACGAAGCCAACGUUCGGGUGGUAUAUUCAAUCGAUAUAAAUCAUUGUGAAUAA